AUGCUCUCUGUCGUGGCUCCGCGAAGCCCGAGUGUGGCACCGACAGACUUGGACGAGGACAGUGACUGCCGAGAGGACGACCAUGGCGGAGCUGUUAUCGAUAUCACCUCCGACCCCGAGACUCCGGUCAAGAGGGCGCUCCGAUGCGCUGAAGAAGUCCCGACACCGCCACCACUUCCUGCCAGGAGAACGGCUACCUCCAGCCACCUGCCACCGCAAGAGGUCGGUGCACCACGCAGCCGCCAGUCCAGCUUGCUGCACUGGGCUCACUCGGCGGCCGAGGGCACGUCGAAGAGGCCUCGUCGCCUAACGGCGCAGGAGGCCAUCGCAAAGCGGCGGGAGAGGCGCGAGCGCAACGCCGACCUCAGAUCCGGAGACCGGCCCCUGCCGCCUCCUGUAGUGGGCUACGACGUCGGCAUAGAGCGGCUGUGCACGAAGACCGAAGUAGAAGGCGUGGACGUGAUGUUCCCGGUUCAACCCCUCGACGCCCAACGUCUCGUCAUGGCAGCGGCUGUGCGUGCCAUGUUGGAGCGGAACGUGGCCUUCGUCGAAAGCCCGACAGGCACCGGCAAGACCCUGGCUUUGUUGUCAGCAAGCCUGGCCUACCAGCACUUCUGCCAGCAAAAGUCUGCCGAGGCCUUGUUGGGGGACCUACUGCAAGGGCACAGAUCGACUAGGGAUGGCAGAUUUUUUCUGCCGCAGUAUAGUGACUGUUCGCCGGGGAUGUCCGCAACGAUCGACAAGGGCAAGGGAAAAACGAAAGCACUGCCGGACUCGAUAAGCGUUUACGUCAAGUGGUGUCCCGAGACGAAAGAGCUCUUUGACAAUUAUCGGAUAAGGUGGAAUGAGGAAGAGCUGGUCAUCAUGCAAUUUCCGGAUGUGCCGGUCACCAUCGAAGACAUGGGCAAUUGGAUAGAAACGCGCGUGGAGAGGAUUUAUGAGCUCUCGACACAGGGCAUGGACAAAAUCAUGGUGCAGUCCCAGUAUCUCACAACUGCUUACAGGCCAGACAAGUAUCUCCCCUGGCAAGAGCCAGCACACAGAUAUUUCAGAGAUGGCGACGUGGUGAUGGUUCAGUGUCAGGCAAUGUCAGCACAGCAGAGGGAUCCCUUCACAAAGGAAGAGAUUGAGGAAUUCAAAAAGACUCUGCGCUUCGAGCAGGGCGAUCGCGUGCUGUGCAACUGCGGCCAGCUUUGGAUCUCCGGGUGGAUCGUAGGCUCAGCAGUGGAAGACGAUCAGGACCUUUUGCCUUAUGUCGUGAAGACAGACCCGAUCCCAGGCUUGCCUUCCAGGACAAUCUCCGUCCCACAUGACCGCGACGAGGUUUGUGUCCAGGAGGUGUGCUUCAACCCGAGUUCCGAGCUGCACUUUGUAAAGUGCGCCGCCACACGGUUGGCAGGCUCUGCAAAACCACAGCUCCGAUUCACUGAGGGCGACAAGGUAGCCAUUCGCCUCAAGAACGGACCGGAUGGACUGGAACGUUGGGUUUCCGGAUGUGUUACUGAUUUGUGGCCUUCCUUACCAGGGAAGCUUCAGUGGGAGAUCGAGGGCGUCACGGGGGAGUACCCGAAAGAGGUGCCAUAUCGAGUGGACAUGUCGCCGCUUGGCUGGUGCUUUGUGCACAGGGAUGACCACACACUCAUCCGCCGCGAGGGUCUCCAGCCACAAACCCGAGUGAAGGGCAUGAGCAAACGCCUCGAGGUGCGAAGAUGCGAGGAUGGCAGCAGGGAACAGGUCGACCAUCAGACGGAGCGUCGCAAGCACGUUCCCCGAGUUGUCUGGAUUGCACGGACGCACGACCAGCUGCAGCAUGCCGUUGGAGAGUUGAGGAGAGUUCCCUACCGUCCGCUUGAAGCGUUACGAAUCUCUCGCGAGCGGUUUUGCUUGCACCCGUUCGUGCAGGCAGCGCAAGACAAGUCGACGGCGUGCGAGAUGGCGACCAUGACUCGAAAUGGCAGCGCCUUGGGAGGAGGCAUUUCUGGAUGUGAGCAUCUGGACAACGCCGAAGCAAUCGGUUACCCGACGAUCAAAGAGCAUCGGUCGAAAUUUGAGGCAGGAGGGAAGCUAGCGGUCUACGACAUCGAGGACUUAGUCAAGGACGGCCACGAGACCCACACCUGCCCAUACCAUGCCGCUUUGGACCUGACGGCUGAGGGAGCAGGUCUUGUCCUUGCGACAUAUCCGCAGCUUUUAGAUCCCUGUGUGCGGGAGACAAGCAGUUUCAGCACCGUACUGCAGGAUGCCAUCGUCGUCAUUGACGAGGCCCAUAACAUUCCACAGGCUGCCCGUGAUGCGGCCACGUUCCGGGGCACUCUGUCCGACCUUCAUCUUCUCAUCUCCAGGCUUCAGGGCCUGGCCCAAGCCACGGCCGAACGGGAGGCCGAGAAUCUCGAAGCGCAGAGCGGUGACGUCUACUUGCUCUUCCAGCGCCUGGACGUCGAUAACUCUGGCAAACUUACCUUAGAUGAGAUCGACGAGGACGGAGACUGCGCGGCUCUGGCUUUGCUUCAAGCAGCUCGGCUUGGAUGUGAUCGGAUAAACCGGCGUCUCAAGCUAGCGUUCCUUGCAGCGUGUGGUGCAAUGCAGGACACAACGCCACCGAUGAACGUGAAUCGAGUCAAGGUCACCGUCCCGAGUUUCAACCUCUGCCCUGGGCAGUGGUGUGUCACGAACUUCGACAGUCCGCUGGACAUGGUCUACAAGCUGAGCCGGGGGAAGGAUUAUCUCAGCGAGGAUGACUUCAAUCAGCGGUGCAAACUGUUUGACUGGAUGGACACGAAGAUGUACUCUGGUCUGGGUGUCUUGGCACUGACUCUGUCAAGCCGAGAAAUCGUGUCCCCAACGGUUUCCCUCUCCGGCGAAGAGUACGUGCGUCCGGAGUCCCUGCGCUGGAUGGCACUUGGGAAGGAAGAGCACCGGGAGAAGGAGGAGAUCAAGAAGCUGGCGAUGAAAGUCCUUGCUGUAAAAAUCCGGGAGCGCCAAGCGCUGGCGCAGGCGGGGAGGGCUAACAAGUCUACGGAUCGUCGCCUGACAGCUCUCUGCUGGCCCGGGGAGUUCCGCAUCCUCUGGAAAGCUCUGGACAAGGACAAGAGCGGUCUCGUCUCCUACCAGGAGCUCGACUUGCCAGGUGCCGAGGUCCUGGCCGAGCCUAGCCAUUGUGGCAAAGGUAAGAGAGAGGGGCCACUCGGCAGCUCUUUCGUGGCCUGGACUUUCACGCCACAGGCCCGUUUGAGUUUCGGUGAUGUGUUGGCGUACAAAUGCAAAGCACCCGUCUGGCAGUCGGAGAUGACCUUUGUGGACAGUUGGGUGUGCCCUUCGUACCUCACAGCCCCGAAGAACGAGACAGCUGCUGUGGAGUUCAAGCAGCGUUGCUUGGAGGAAUGUCAUUCUUCACUUCGGACUGAAUAG